AUGAAAUUUCUUAGUGCAACGAGAGCUUCAAAAGAUUUAACACAACAAAACAUGAAAGUUCAAGAAAAAAGCUAUGAGGAAAUUAGAAAGAGUUUUGAAGAAAGCUUAAACACUCUACUUAAUGAGCUUAUUUUUGAAGACGUGAAGGCAAUUUUAGAGCAAGCUCGUUCAAUUGUAGAGGAAAUCAAAAUGUUCAUUCCUACAAGGUAUGAAAAGUUCCAAAUAAUGGUAAAUUUGUACACCGAAAGGUUUAUUCAUAUGCUAAGAUUCAUUAGCCAAAGGGCUAAUGAGUUAACAAAUUAUGAGAUAUUAAAUGUAACAAGUUGGGUUGUUGAAUACCAAUAUAGUCUUAUUGGGCUUGGUGUUAAUGAGUCUUUGGCCCAUAUAUGCAUCGAGAGUGGUUCAAUUGACCUACUUGUGGAUACAUAUGUUGAGCGAUUUCUAUCUACAACAAAAAUAUGGUUCUUGAAUAUUUUAGAGGUAGAUAAGAAAAUAAAGGAAACUAAAGACGGAAAGUUAUAUACCUUAGUUGGUGUUGAAUUAUUUAGGACUCUUCAAUUUCAUAUUGAAAUUAUUCGAGAAAAUAAUAGUGUUGAAAUUUUGUUGUACAAAAUUUCCUUAGCCAUGAUUCAAGUGAUGGUCGAUUUUCAAACAGCUGAAAAGAAAAUAUUUGAAGAAGAAAUUAGUGUGGAACAUUUUUGUGCUAUGGUUAACAACAAUUUGAGAUUUUAUGAUUUUGGAUUGGAGCUUAGUAAUAGCAUCUUGGAAUCGCUUCCAAAUAAUUAUGCAAAGCAAUUUAGUUUUGAAGAUACAUGUGAAGGGUUUCUUGAUAUUGCUAAGGAAGCUAUGCUUAAAAUUGUAAGUCUGAUAUUUGAAGAUCCUUUGGUUCAUGAUUUGUUGGUCAAUUUAUACACAAAAGAAUGGAGUAAAGGUAAGGUUACUAAGAAUUUGGUUGAAACAUUUGAUCAAUAUUUUACUCAAGUAAAAAUGUACAUUGAAGAAAGUUUUUUUGGGAGAUUUGUUGAAGCUUGCUUGGAGAAAACCGUCAUUGUUUAUGUUGAUAAUCUUUUAUCACAAAAAAAGUACAUUAAGGAAGAAACUAUUGAACAAAUGUGGGUAGAUGAAGAAGUUAUAAUGACCUUUUUUUGGAAGCAUAUAAGUGUUUUUGAAGUUGAAAAAAGAAUGAGAAUACUUAGUGAUUUGAGGGAACUUGCUUCGAGAGAGACUAGUUUGGAUAGUUUCACAUUUAUUUAUAAAAAUAUACUCAAACAUCAACCUGAUUGUCCACCUCAAGUUGUGGAGAAAUUAAUUGGUCUAAGAAAAGGAAUUUAUUGGAAGGAUGCCAAUAAAAUCAUAGAAAAAUGCAAAGUGAUAUAUCAAAAUUCUCUAAUUGAUGGAAGGCCUCCUAAAAGGGGUUUUGUUUUUUCAAAAGUCAAGUUUUCAACAAUGUCUCAAUCUCAAGGGGGAUUUAGGAGUGGACUCAAUCGUCCGAUCCAAAUGCUAACCCAUGUAUACAAGCUCAUAUUUAAUAGGGCACACAAGUAA